AGUUUUGAGCCACCAAAGAAGACGAUAAGACAAACGAGGACUUGCACAACUCAGAACCCAGUGACGAAGAUAGACUCAAACAAGAAGAGUUAUUGAGUAGAGUUGAAAAAAGCAACAAUGACCUAUCUCACUCCUCAUCUUCCUUUCACAGAAAGAGACGCCUUACCUCCCCCCGGCACUCAUUUACUCAUCACCGACACCCUUCAAUCGUCCUCUAAAUUCGCACUGUAUCACCUACUCACCGCUGCUAUAACCAACAAGAUUCGUAUUGUCCUCGUGGACUUUAGAGGAGAGGGAAAGGAGAGUCAUGAAGCUGUUCUGAAGAAGCUUGGCAAACCGAUCCCUUUCUCAUCCACCAAUUUCAUCUAUAUCUCCCCCUCUUCUCUCCCUUCCAGUAUACCCAUCCACAGUUCAGAUACACAACCGAGACUAUUCGAUGACGACAAUAAACCAACUCUGAAAGAAACAUACGAGAUCAUAAUACGACAUUUACAAGGGAGCUUGGUGAUUCUUGAUGGACUGGGUGAACUGUUGAAUAUGGGUUUCGAACCUGUAGAAAUAAGUAGAUUCGUUCGUUCUCUUUUACCUGAGAUAAGAAAGCACUCAGCACGUCUUAUUUCAACUCUUCACGCCGAUUGUCUACCUUUACUUCCUACUUCACAUAUACCACAAUACUCCAAACAGACAGAGAUGGUAGAACGUCUACUCAGGCUUUCAGGUGGUUGGUGGAGAAUCUCACAUCUUCCAUCUGGUCGAUCGGGUGAUGUACAUGGAGAAAUCUCAUCCCAUGGUUUGGACGAAACUUGGUGUUCCCAAAUACCCCGGAAUGCACCGUUACAAUAUCGACUCGAAGCCAAUGGUGUCAAGGUCUUUCCGAAAGGUACUGGAAGAGGUUUUCUCUGA